AAACGAUAGCGUAAAAUGAAACGAUAGACGUUCUUAUAUCGUCAUCCGAUAUAUAUCGUUACAUCGAACAGCCCUAGUCUCUGCCCCUCCCUGACUGCGGCUCUGCUGGCCAAAAUCAGACUGUACAUAAAGGAUGGAUGUAAAGGUAACACCUGCGUCCUGUUUAAUCCGGGGCUGACUCUGAAGUCUGAUUGGACAGAAGCCAGCUGAUCUGUGAGCUCGCUGAAGUUUUUCCAGACGCGUUUUAGGACAGGAAGCGGUUAAGAUGGUAACCGCUGACCUCACAGUUCAGCUCCAUCGUUCAUUUACAGUCUGUGGUCUGAAGGACUGAGACUAGGUCCCUGGCGUUUAUUCACUCCAGCAGGGGGCGCUCUGCUGCAGCGCCUGACAUUUCCUCUGCAGACAUGUCAUGUGAAAGGAAGCUGAAGGGCGUAGAGGCGACGGCUCAGGUUAUUGAUUAUGAUGUGACGGUAAUCUGACGUGUGACACGGUAGAGGAUGCCUCGUCAUACAUGUUCAGUGUUAGUGAUGUAAGACUACUGUUGUCAGGUUUUAGGCUUACAAAUAUUUAAAAUAACCUCAUAUUGGACAGAUUUGUGAUGUCAUUCAGCAGGUGUGUGUAUGUGAGUGUGUCGCUGUGAUUGUGAACACUAAACCUGCAGGGCAGCCUCGCCGUGUGGCGCCGCUCUGCUUCCUGAUAACUGUGAUGUAACGGCUCUGAACAUGAGUUAUGAUAUCAUCAGGGUGGAGCUGCUUCCUAUUAGCUGAUUGGAGGACCGUGUUGCUUUUGUUUAACAUGACAUUUAGAGAACACCACACUGCUCCACCUGCGCCUGGUCUCCAGGCGGCGCUCUGAUGGAAGCAGAACGUUCCUGCAGGUCGGUGGGAAACGAACCGUGUGAAUAAACGGGAAAACACAUGAAGACCGUCACACUGAGCUUCAGCAUCAAGUGCGGCACUUAGGCCCCGCCCAUUGGUUAAGACAGCGAUCCCAAGUCUCUGAGACGGGUCGUGGUUCUGUGCUGUGAUUGGACGUUUCACUGCUGGUUUGUUCAUUGUUUACGUCGGUUGUGGUGCAAACAAGAGCGGCUUAACUCUAUGGCCAAAGCUAUACUAUGUUCUGAUUUUGGAUUUGGAUUUAAUGUAUAUAAAGGCUAAUUCUACUCGACUUAUACAUUAUCCUGUUUUGAAUGUAGAAUUUUGUUUUUUGUUGUAAAAUCUAAUAUUCAUGCAACAAAGUAGAGCGCUAACUUAGCAGCUAGUGUGAAUUUGCUUAGGUAGCAGGUUGUAUAAACAGACACUAUGGGUUUAGCACAGGUAUAAAUAUCUGCUAAUCAGAGUUAACAUGAACUGAAAUAUUAAGAUAAUUUAAUGGGUUAACUUAAAGGGUGAAUUUAUACCUAAAUCACUUCGACCUGUUGAUCAUACUACAGUGCGCAAACAUGCUUAUAUCUGCCCUAAAUCUGUGCAUUUUAGUCCUUUAGUCUAUAGAGCUGGCCAUCUUCUGGAGCCAGUCUUAAGUGGCAAUGCAUUUCUUUUCAGCUCCAGAAGUUGCUCUCUGUUUCUCUGUCUAUACUAACGACUGAGACUAUGCUAACUGGGAUAAUAAGGAUGGUGGCUAGGGUUAUAAGGAAGGCCAAAGCAGUCCCUAGUGCUAUGUCUUAAGUGUAACAUUGCUAUGUCUUGUCUUUAUAGUGCCAGAGUUGGGAGGAAUACCUUAACUCUAAUUCACAACAGCAAAACUAUGUUGGUUUACUACACAAAAGAGAAAAAAAAAAAAAGCGGCUUAACUCUGAAGGAGCAGCUGAGCGUGCCAACAGACCUGAAGACACAACGACACAAACCAUAAACUGACCAAUCAGGUCGCUGUGAUGACAGCUGUGACAUCACAGCAAGAGAUGAACCUUCAUGGUUUCUUAAAUAUGAGGAUCUGGUGUACUGAUGACAUCACAGCGCUGCGAUUAGUCAGUUUGGUUAACAUCGGAAACUCCACGAUGCUCAGCUGAUUACAGCGUUAAUCCCAGUUCGCUGUGGUUCUUCAGACUUCACACAGAAACAGACGGUGUGGAGGAGGCCGCACAGGAGGUGGUGCCACAGGAGGUGGUGCCACAGGAGGCGGCGCCACAGGACAGGAGGAGGCCGCACAGACCUGUGGAGAGGAUCAGGAUGGAGGUUUUGGGAGGUGUUCAGCGCUGGGACAUAAGCUGGAUAUUUCACACUUUCAUAGACACGCUUGUUCUCAGACUGACCCUCUGCAUGUUUCCACGUGGACCUGAUCACCUGUCAAUGACUGUUAUUGAUCACUGCUGCAGAAGCUGAAGCCUCACCUGCCACCAGGGACGUUUGAGCUGCAGGUGAAGUUUGGCUAAACUAGAAGAUCAAAAAUACUAAAAUACCUGCUCAAGGCAAUACAACCCUACCUGUGCAGAAAUGUUGGUCAAAGAAGAAAGAAUAACGCAGCAAAAAAGUAGCAGAUAGCUGUGCGCACCAUCGACGAGGUUAAAUCUCAGUUUUCCUCAGGUAAACGCAGAGUUUCUUCUUCUUUAAAACGCCAACGCCCAGAGUGGCUUGUCGUGGGGAGCGUCAGGGAGCAGACUCUGGAGAAACCUCACUGCUGUUCCCGUGCAGACUUCAGCGCUGUCCUGACCUCACGGUUUCCUCCAACCAGGCUGAGAGAUGUUUAAACGAGGUGUCAGGUGUUUACCGGCCAAUGUUUGAACUCCAGGUAGAAAGUGUGAGCUGAGUUUACCUGACAGGCGCAUUUCCCCAGGACAAACACUAACAUUGUGGAGGUUCUGGUUCCAGCUACCUGUCACACUCCAUGGUGAUUGUUUAUCCAGGUGUUUUACAGUCUGUCUUCGCGGCUGUGGUUUCCAGAUAUUUUGUGCUCAAAGGUCUCCAGAGUUUCAGAGCACACCUGUACUCGUACCUGCGCCAUCACACGGAGAUGCUGCAGAAACCUGAGAAUAAAAUUAUAUACAUACACACACACACACGAGUGUUUUUCUUUUUACCUGUUCUUAACGCGCCCACACAGACCGUGAGAUUUCACAGGACGCAAAAUUUUGAUGAAGCUCAACAUUUGGAUUUUUUUGGCUGUGAAUAAACAGAUCUGACCAAUCAGAUCGCUGCACUUGUACUCGUAUCCCAAAGCGCGCACUGUCACUGAACACACAUGCGACUCGGCAACACUAAAAUAAUCCUCACUCACCGCUCGCUGCUGCUCCAGACUGAAAUGAUCCCUCCUGGGAUCAAACCAGGAAACCUGCUGCUGAACGCGUGAAUCCAAAAAUUCUGAAUUUCCUGUUAUCUUCAUCAGGCUCCGCAUGUGAAGCCUUCUGCAUCUACACCUUAUAAAAACCUCCACCCUUUACAGUUAACCACAGCCCGCUGAGCCCUUCACUAUGUCCAUGAAGCUUCACCCUCCUCCUCCUCCAGGCUGCAAGUCCGACCGUGCAGAGCUCUCACACACACCUGAUCACCACGCCUGUACUUUCAUUCUUCAUAACAACGUUAUGUUAAACUGCAGAAGCCCGGGGGCAGGUAUGCAGGUGACACUGAGGUCAGAGGCACACACUUGUGCUUAAAACAGAGACACAAAGUAAUCAGAGGACUCCUAUUAAACACUGGACACACUGUUACCUGCACUACAUGUUUUAUUGUAAUAGAUUACUUAUUCACGAGCUGUGUCACGUGACUUACCUGUGAGUGUUAUAAAUGAGUGCAUUUAUAACGUGCCGGGUGGGCGGCAGCCACACCUGGCUAACUUAGUGUUAGCCGGGAGCUAACGGGGCACCUGGUGAACCCCGUACGCACAAAAUAAAGCGCGCACACAGACACAGGAACGCGCAGUAUCAGUGCGGGCUGAAUGAUCCAGCUGUGGUCACGUGAGUAGUGUGGCGGCAGCUGUGGUUCCCGUGCUGUGGCUCGGUUCCGCUUCGGAGUGUGACUAAACAGAGUCAGCUCGCCCCAAGCCCGCGGCCCGAGUCCGGGUCGAACCGACGGCACGGAGCCCCGGGAGGCGGCGGGCUGGCCGCCUGGGAUCAAGCCGCGCCGCGGGGUCUCACCGGAGUCAUCUUUGUGUUCUCGGAAGGCACGUUCGAGUCCCGCGGUCGCUCACGGGUCUCCGACGGCCGCUGCUCACGGGGAUUCCUGCCGUCACAGCCAGGUUGCGGCCCCAAGAUGGCGGCGGAGGCUGCGCAGUACUGGCGGAGGUGACGUGACUGCGGAGGACGCCGCGUGCGCUGUUGUUUGCCUCCCACCAUUAAAGACCCUCCGCGGCCAGGCCGACCACCGAACCCGAACAACGGAUCCACGGAGCCCCUCGGAAGCGCCGGGCGCGCGGGGGCGGACACAAGGAUGCUGUCCUGACCUGUCGUGCAGAUGAAUAAACUCCAGGAUCCUCGUUGGACCUGUUCAUGGCUUCUAAGAAGAAGCAGAAAAACAUGGUGUUCCAUCAGGAAAGGGCGACCACCCCUGCAACAGCAACCGCUGCCAGCAGCCCCCCUUUGUCAUGGUGCGUCACCCCGAAACCCGGGAAGGCGAGCGAAGGUGGGGUGGAGCAGGCCGUCAGGAGGGGCACUGAGCAGAAACAUCCCGCCAGCGAAAAGCCUCAGUCGGACACUCUGCCACCGGAGAACACCUGCAGGGGCAUCACAGUGACCCUGGAGAACCACAGCAUGUGGAACGUGUUCUUCAGAUGUGGAACAGAGAUGAUUCUGACCGAACAAGGCAGCAGGAUGUUCCCCUACUGCCGCUUCCGCAUCUCCGGCCUGCAGCCAUCCAGGAGGUACACUCUGAUGAUGGACGUCCAGCCGUUAGACAACAGUCACUAUAGAUGGACCGGCAAGAACUGGCAAGCUGAUGGUAAAGGAACACGGCAUGCAAAGAGUCAGCCUUUUGCUCAUCUAGAGUCCCCGGCGACGGGCCAACACUGGAUGCAGAGUCCGGUGUCCUUUUACAGGAUGAAGCUCACGAACAACAUCUCAGACCGAGACGGGAACACUAUUCUGCAUCCGAUGCACCGCUACCUACCGCGACUGCACGUGGUCCAGACAGACAAAGCUGCUAAAGACAUAAAACUGAGUGAUCCCGGUGUCAUUACCUUCUCAUUCCCCCAGACUGAAUUCAUGGCGGUCACAGCCUAUCAGAACGCUCGGUUUGUUCAGCUGAAGGUCAACUACAACCCGUUCACUAAGGGACUGAAGGAGGACGGGUCUGGUUCAUGGGGAGGAAAACUGAAAGCGAACUCUGGGGAUCCGUUCCAUAAACAAGGAGGAUUUGCUGAGCAGUUUCCUGUGAAGGAGAGCCUGAGGUCUUUGCUGGCAAGCCACAAACCUCGAGCCUCCAAAUCAGUGGAGUCCAAACCUUCAGUGCCCGGAGACCUCAAAGACAGUUCCACUACAAACAGAGAUCCGCCUGCUGCCAUGCCCCCCGGGCAGAUUUUGGGCAGCGUCUCACGUCCAGCUCAGAAGUUGUUCUCGGAGCUGAUUCGUGAAGCUCACGUUUCACUGCAGAGAUGCAACCUGGAGCAGCUCGGCAUCAAUCACAGCGCCUCUCUCAGAGCAGAGCAAACCAACACUAAGAACUCGAGUGUAAAAGCUAAAGGACGAGAAGCCCUUAAAGACAGUACAUGUGUUAAAGCACCUCCAAGGAAAUGUGAAAUAAGAGGGACCAUUAAGGACGACGGGCAGUCGCUGAAUUCACUAAACUGUAACGAUGGUGUUGGGAGGGGUGGUCCUGGUCGUGCUGCUCCAGAAGUAUCCCAGAACUCCUCUGAGGACUUGGAGCACCGACCUAACCCAGACGCUACAACAGAGACAGCCACAAAGCAGCACAAGCGGCCGGCUCGGCUGCCUCUGCCAGCGCUCGCUCUCUUUCUGAGGCAGCACUCUAAAAAGACAAAGAACAAACCGGACUCUCUGGCCCCGGCAGCUCCUCCUGAGCGCCUGUCCGUAUUGGCCAGUUCUGCUGCUUCUUUUGCACAUCCGCUUUGGGAAGGUACCACCGGUGCAGCAUAUCCCUCCAAGGAUCUCGGCAGCCUGAAGCCCGACCUCACGACCUCCGGAUGUACAGAUCCUCUAGCUGACAUGGUUUUUAAUGUCUCUGGACAAACAGUGUCUCCUCAGCAGCCCGGUCCAGCUGCUGCUGCACAUCUGCUGGGUCCAAGAACUGACGACCGCUCGGCUCGCGUUUCCGAAAGCCCGGGCCCAGAGCCGAGAGGCCCUGACAGUACCCAAGUGUUACCCGGCUUAAACCAGCCAUUCUGCUCCCUCGGGGCGUCUCUUACUACCUCUUCACUGCCUCCUACUGCCCCCCCGCCCCUCCACACAGUGUUAUGUUCCCCGAACUCACCACAAACACCACCUGAAUCAUCGACACCACCUUUAGACUCCCCCACCCUGAGGUCUUCGCUUCCUGACCCAGAGUGUUCGUCCUUCGGCUAUGAGCCGAUGUCUCCUGCGAGUUCUCCAGAACCUUUACCUCACCUGCCGGCCUCGAUCGCUUUAGAGCUCGACUCUGCGGCCUCUGAAGCAUGUGAUGCAGCAGGACCUCCUGAAGACUCGCAGGACACCGAAGACCCGUCUGUGUUUAAAUGGCAUACAGUGUUACCUCCACCCGAGUCCUUCGUAGACACGUCAUUCACAACAUUUCAGCCUCCACCGCAGACUUUACCUGAGGACCCUGAACCACAGAGUCCAAACACCUCCAUGCCUGCUCCUGAUCCUCCGGCAUCUUUCCCAGAGAGCGAACAGUCGCUGCCCUUCCCCGCAGAGCUAUCCCCACUCGCCCUUCAACUGCCUCUGUCGCCAACCUUCUCGUCAAUAGACGGCGACGGACUCUCUCCCACGCCUUCACUCGCUGACCUCGUGCAGUUUUUGUCCAAUGACGUCGACCUCGGGAUGGGGGUGGAGUUUUCGAACACUGAGGCGGCGGCUGUUCCCUGCUUACCUGUGACAGAAACACAUGAACCUUCUCAGCAGGUCCAUCCGCUCCCAGCCAGAAAACCCUGCAAGCGAAAGAAGAAGGAGGUUCGGCAGCGAAGGCUUGGCAAGAGCGAGGUGGAGCAGGAGGUGAACGACUCCACCUACAGGAGCAUGCAGCCGAACCUGGAGGAAGUGGAGGAGCAGUUAUUCAUCUCUUUCACUUCAAAGGAGGCUCUUAAGCUCCACCUGGCCGACUCCUCCGACAGGCCGGCUCCACGGCCCACACCUGACGGUCAAAGAACUGCAGACUCACCUGAGGGCGGUGACCGGUUGGACAUAAGCGAUGAACAAAGCUCCGACUUAAACCCAUCCAAACCCAAAACGGAGAGUCUGGCAGAGAUGAUCGCUUCCUUCCAGAAGAUUCUGCUGAGAGACUUGAAGCUCAUGAAGCACAGGCAGGUCAUCCACCCUGUGCUGCAGGAAGUCGGUCUGAAGAUGAACCUGCUGGACCCGUCUCUGGCCAUUGACCUACAGUACCUGGGAGUCCGCCUGCCCUUCCCCCUGCCGGGCGCCAGCAUGGAGCCGCUGUCAACGUCUCAAGGUGUUUCUGCUGCAUUUGUGUCCCGAACAGGAAAAACCACAGACGUCACUCAGAUUAAAGGUUGGAGAGCGAAGUUCACGUUGUCUGAGACUCCACCCACACCUUCAGCCUGCAGACCUGAAGCCGGUUCGAGUUCAGAGCCGCAGAAGAAGAACCUGUCGGCGUUCUGCAGCGAUAUGCUGGACGAGUAUCUGGAGAGUGAGGGGAAGCUGAUCGACGAGCGUGCCGCCAGCUUCUCCCAGCCGCCAGUGGAGCCGCUGGUGUACGAGCUGCCCACCAGGAGUACCAGCUACGUCCGGACCCUGGACCACGUCCUGAAGAAGCAGACCGCCGACCCUUCCUCCUCUGACCUCAUAUCUGGGUUCAUUCCCCCCUCCAAGAGGCCCCGCUUCAAAGAGCCUAAACCAGGCCGGAGGGGUGAGAGGAAGCAGAAAGGUUCUAAACAGAGCAAACUCAGACCAGAACCUGCAGCUGCUCUGGGUCCUGAACCCAGUCAACUGGAACCUCAGCAGCCUGUGGGCCACGCCCCCUCAGCGCCUCCAUCACGCCCAGAUUCAAACCCCAUCAAGAGGCGGAGGAGGCUCAAACCCAGGACCUCAUCUCAGACCCUCAGUCCCUCUAGGGCCACAGUGCCCCCAUCGGUUAUGUCCAGGGACCUGGCCCCGCUGGAGUCGGACUCUGAGCUGGGGGGCGGGCAGAGCGAGGACAGCGGCAGGAGUCGGCGCCAGCCGAUGACCCGUGCUCUGCAAAAACAGAAGGUCCUGGAAGACGGUGCCGUGUGGGAAGGCCUGCGCCGGACCAGCAUCACUACGGAGAGGGCCACCAUCGCCCUCACGUCCCUCUUCACUCAGACGGGUUUUGUGAGCGAGAACCCAACGGCGCCGAUCCAGCUGAGCCGCAGACGAGCGCCGCCGUGUCUGAACGAGUUCUGCCGGCUGGGCUGCGUCUGCCUCGGCCUCUCCCGCGACUCCAGGAUCAGCCACUGCGGCCGGCCAGCGUGCAUGUUCGGCUGCAGCUGCCUCAAACAGAAGGUGGUCCUCCUCAAGAACCUGGACGGGUCCGACUCCAGCCCCUCCUCACACCACGGGAGCACCAAGAAGAAGAGGAGGAUGAAGAUGGCCUACGUUCUGAAGGAGGCGGACAGCGUCUCCCAGCCUGCCGAGCGGGUCCGGACUCUGUGGAGGAGGGAUCUCGGGCGCUCUGAUCCAGAGCCGGUACGCAUGCCUGAGGCGGCUCCACAGACCCGCCCUGCGAAGGUCCGAGAAGAUCACCGCAGCUGUGCCAGAGUCCGAGGAUACUCCAGAAAGAUCCGGAAACAGAAGGUAAGCCAGCAGUUCCUGAGGGAACGAGGCUCUUACUGUAAAUGUUUGUUCUGCUGUGAUUUGUGCCAUUACCUGAUUCAUUGCCAGGUGAAACCGACACCGUCUGUCCACCGGGAGGCAACCAAAGGCACCGUCCGACCUGAUCGGCCGAAGCCCCACAAGGUGAAGAAGCUGAAGAAGACCUCUAAGCCUCCUGCAGGUGAAGCCCUUCAGGCUCCGACUCCCUCCGAGCCUCCUCCGAGUCCUCCUGCUGAGCCGACCCCGAAGCCGUCGAAGCGUCUGUUCAUCAGGGCCGACUUUAAGUGGAAGAGCGAGGCCGACCGGACCCUCGUGCUGAUGGAGCUGUGCGAGGCGAUGGCUCAGAACCGGCUAGACCGCCCGUUCUGGAUCAAGAACUUCCUCAUCCAUCCCACCGGCCAGUCUGUGGAAGGCAGCGGCGCCGAGCGCUGCAUCCAGUACCACGUCAAGAUAUCCAGAUCCGCGCUGAAGGCGAGGAAAUCGACAGCGCCGCGCAGACAGGUGGAUGCAGCAUGGGUGGGCAGGAAGGUGGAGCCUCUGAAGGAACGUAACAUGAAGAAGGAGCACAGAAUGCAGGAGGCGGAGCCUGUGGAGGACUGGCAGAGGGAGGUGGAGGAAGAUGACAUCACAGAGGAGGAUGGCUUCACGGAUCAACAGGUGGACGAUUGGACAGAGAGCAGUGGACAGGAAGUGACGUCAGAGGCGAAGGUCAACAUGGCUCUGCCUUUCCUGACGGGAAUCUCGCCUGCCGGCUUCCUCUCAGCCAAUAGGAAAGCGCCGGGAGGAACGGACCAGCCAAUCAAGGUGAACGGGAAGCUCUACCCGCUGGCUAAGAUCCAGCUGGGGAGGAUGGGGGCGCUCCACCCGGCCAACCGGCUGGCGGCCUACCUGACGGGACGGGUGAGCUCAUCCCGUCAGCAGCAGCCAUCUCUGCGACCCCCCUCCUCCACCUCUGCUCGGAGGUCGGGGCCGACGCCUCUUGACGUCUCCUCAGCUUCCUCUGUGGUCUCUGACCUCGCUGUGACCACCACAAGCGCAGCGGCCACUACAGCCUCUCCCACUGUCACCACCACUGCUUCCUCUUCUGUGACCCCACCUGGAGCGGUCCCACCGCUCACCCUCCUGACCUCCAUCACAGAGUCUCUGUCCAGCAGCUCGCCAGCACCACCUGUUAAUCCAUCUCCAGGCACAGCGACCCCUAAAGCCCCUCAGGUAGUGCUGAUUAAGGUCCCGCCUCCUCCUGGGACGGUUCCUGUCGUGGCCCCUCGUCCUCCGGGCCCCGCCCCCGGGUCUCAGAGGAUGCUCCUGAAGCCGGUCCAGAUGGUUUCCGGCGUCCAGUUUUACCGCCGACCCGACGGGAAACUGGUCAAGCUGGUCCCCGUCAGCCAGCUGAGGGCAGUCAUGCCCACUUCGCCUGCACAGACAGGUCCUUCCUCCUCCUCGCUCCUCUCCCCUGUGGCCCACACAGUCAGUCCCCAGGCUCCGCCUCUGCCCUCCUCGCCGUCCCUGAGCUCUGGCUUCCUGUCUCAGAAGGGCACCUGUACCUUUAAGAUCCUCCCUGCCGACUCCAGCCUGGACCCCAUCAUCGUCACUUGUGCCAAAGCUCCGCCCAAGACCCCGACCAAGGUGCUAACGGUGCCAGGCUCCUUCACCCUGCUGCAGACACACCCCUCCAACCCCCCCAUGACCCCAGUGAAGCUCCUGUCGCUCAAAGCCCCCGUGCCUCAUGGCGCCGAGAAGGGUGUCGAAGGCGCAACGGCAUCUGUGGUCGCCACGGGAGCAGGGGGGCUGAUCUUCAAAUGUACACCACCUCAAAUCUCGCCCACCAUCCAGAUACCCUCAGAGGGCAAUCCCACAUCCCCGCUUUCGUUAGGGUUGAAGGUCAUGCCUGCGCCACCGCCAGGUCCUCAACCUGAGGCGGCUCAGGACCCAGUGGAGCUGGACAUCAUCUGCGUGGAUGAGAAGCCACAUGUUACCACGGAGACACAGUCGUUAGAGGUGACGUCAAGCAGUGAGACGGAAAACUCGUCAGACUUCAGAGAGUCAGAGAGCGACGAUGAGAGGGCGCCGCUCGCCAACAACACGCGCCUCCUCCACACGGCGUUGGAGCGGCUGCGUCGGGUGCGGCUGCGUGAGCUGUUGGAGCGUCUGAGGAGGACGGUGGGACAGUCGGGGGAGAAGACGUCAAAGGUCUCGACGCUGAAGACGGCGGUGGAGGUGAUCCAGGAGCUGAGGAGGAAGGAGUCACAGCUGAAGAGGAAGAAGAGGAGGCUGAGGAGGAGGCGGGAUGAGUACCUGUGGAGCGUCGCGCCGUCAGCAGAUCCGAUCAAGCCAACAGCAGCAGUGAUGGCGGCGGCGCCAGAACUUUUGGAUGAGCCGACAGUUAUCUCAUCAGAUGAAGAACGAGUGGUUGUCACGGACAGCGAUGUGGAGCAAGAAGAUGAUGAAGGUUGGGGCGUUGCCACUGAGACGGUGGGAGUGAACAGUUGGCUGGCGAGGAAGAGGAGGAGCUCAGAGCUGAAGGAGGUGACAGCUCCUCGCGCCGGCUCUGCCCUCCUCGCGGCUCUCAGAUCGGCCACGAGCAGCUCAGACUCUCCUCAGGAGCUACUGCUGGAGCAGGCUCGACACGAGAUUGAGGCGCUGCAGUCGGAGAUGGAGGACCUGAAGAGUCUGAGGACGAGUCUGACGCAGCAGAGGGACGGACACGUCAGGGACAUCUGCAGCAGAACAGGUAAGAGCGAGCGGAGGAUCCUGAGGAAGCUGCAGCAGUUUUCAUCCGAGCAGGAGAGGCGGCAAGCACCCAAUCAGGUCACAGCAGGGGGCGGGACUUCUGCUCCUCCACCUGCGGGCAGCGAUGGGUGUGGAGCAGGUGACGAGGUCGACAACAUUAUCGCGACAACAGCAGCCCAACAGAAGUCCACAGAUGCCCCUCCUCCUUCUGUUUCUGCCCCACCCACUCCUACACCUGUCCAAGUGUCAUCGGCCCACAAUGCACCUGUGGACACGAAGCGUUCAAGGACUAUUCCGAACAUCCUGUCUCGCAGUAAGACUCAGGCUCCGCCUCCAUCUGUGAUCACAAAGGCCGCAGAAGGUAAUCCUCCAGGUGACCCGUCGUCCUUUCAGAGUCUCGUUCCAGCUGAUCUUCUCUCUGUGGUUGGGGCACCGUUACCCAGGCAACCAGUCCUGACCCUGAAUGCUGUGAGAGCGGGUUCAAUGGUGCUGCAGCCGGCGCCGUCUCCAGGCUUGGCCUCAGUCACCCUAAACAUUCCCACUCUGACCAGUCAGCAGAUCCAUCUCACCCCACUGCUCUGCCCACCGGCCAGGCCUCUCGCCGUCACCAACCUGACAGGCUCCAGCCUGAGCGGGGUGCUGAAACUCAUUCAGACCAACACACAACAGCAGGCUCCGCCUCCAACCCAUCAGCUGCUCCCUGGUCUUCCGGCUCCUUCUCUAGAGGUCUGCGAUGCAUCAUCUAAGUCCUCAGAUCGAAUCAUACACCAGGACCAGACUCCACCCCUCAGUGAGGUCACACCUGCAUCCUGGUCGUAUUGCGGCUCUGACAGCCAAACAGAGGAGAGAGAGGCGAAGCCUGAGAGCAGGGGCGAGAACAAGAGCCUGCCGUCGCUCCUCGAUGAGUUUGUCUUCCUUAAUCAGCAGGUGGAAAAAAACCAGGACGCUGCAGCGGUGGAUGGAGCUGACGAGGAAGGACACACCCACAGCCCCUGGAUGCUGCAGCUGGACUCAGACUCUGACACAGAUGGGGUUGGGCCUAACCUCAAUACAGAAACGAUGUUGACCACUUCAGGCAGUCCUAAAGGAGGCGUGCUGGCCCCGCCCCCUCUGCUGCAGAUGAAGGUGGGCGGAGCCAAAGUGGCAAGCCCAGGCAACAGGGAAAGAGAGGGCACAGUGGCAGGGGGAGAAGAGGGGCAAGGGCACAGGGGCGUGGCCUGGAGGCCGAUGCCGAGGCUGGUUCCUCUGGGAUUAAGAGGAAACGCCCCCAGCUGACAUCACACGCAGAAAUAACGAUGUCACAGCAGCUGCACCUUCCUGGUUGGGUCCUGAUGGGAGUCGGCACAUUGGGAGGAAAAAAAGAAAAGCAUAGACUGAUUGUGGCGCUUCCAUGGUAACAAUCAGUUAUCGUUUGUGGAUUACUAAGGAUCAAUAUUCAGGUAUUGAUUGGUUUGGAACAGGGCGACGGUGUCCUGGUUUUCCGACGCGCUGACCGGAAAAAACGCAGACGCUGCUUCUGAAAAAUAUGGAAGUGCCUUAAACCUGCGUUCUACCUGACAGCCACCAGGGGGCAACACUGCAGUUCUGUCCUAUAGAAGUCUGCAGCACGCCGCUGCUCUGACCUCUGACCUCUGUACACGCUUCAUGCUGAGUUCAUGUAUCUCAAUCAUGUCUUUCAAAAUGGAGGAUCAGCUGUGGUGUUUUGUUGAUUGCUCAUUGGCUAAUGACUCGUCAGUCACUGUGUUAUCCAGUGAGUGAGCGGUUUCAUGGUCUGACCCGCCCCUCUUCCUCGCAGCCAAGAUACUGGGGAUUUCAGUUUUUAAAAAUGUCUGUUGAACCUGUCACAUCUGUCUUUGAAAGAGUUACUGUAGCAUCCUGUUUUCAGUGGCUGCAUUCAGAGAAACUUGAUGGCGUGCUGAGGAAGAAGUGCUGUCCCCACAGAAUGUUCUGAUGUUGCGUUCAAAUGUCUUCCUGUUUGUAUCGGCGCCAGGUGAGCCGAGAGACGCCUUCACAGGUUGCAAGUUCAUGUCUGAGAGUGGCGUCCACGUCACAAAGAGAGCGCAUUCGGGCUACUCGCCUCCAAACGUUCAUACUUUAUUCUGAAGGUCCAGCUAUUGUUUCCUGCUUUUAUUUUUUUAUUUACAGGAACUUUGUGAAAGCUGUCAGUGUCUCACCAUGGUGGAAUGUUUCAGUUUCUUCAUGUUUUGCAGGAAAAACACAGUCAUCACAGGGAACUCACCUGGACUCACCUUUUCUUUUUCUUAAUGACUUUUUCUACAUGUUUACCUCAGCUGUCCUAACAGCUGGAAGGAAAACAGGUACCAAUAAAAGUUAAAUAUUUGA